AGAUUUUUACACCUCAUGUCAAAAUUGACACCUUUUUUACAUUUUUAUCCUUACACGGUUUUUUAAACUUUUUUAACUUUUACAUUUUUCAAUUUUACUUUUCAAAAAGUUUAAUAAUUACAAUUUUACCUUUUCCCUUCUUCCUUACACACGUACACGCACGCCACCUCAUAAAUCCUUUCUUGUUUUUUUUUUUUUUGAAUUUUUCAUUUACCUGAUUCUUCCACUCUUCAAACCGAGCUUCCCACGAUCACCAUUAUCAAGCCCUAACCAAUUUUUUCUUCCCACGAUCACCUUCUCCAAGCCCUCACCCACGUUUUCCUCAACCUACAUUGUCAUCCUCCUCUAUUUUUUCUCUAUAUAAAUGGCAACCACUAGAAGUGGUUCGAAAUCACCAUCUCCGGCGAAGAAAGUUUCUAAAAAAUCGAAGAAGGCUCCAACUGUUACUUCCAAAGUCGAACCUAAAAUGGGGUUAAAAAAAAUUGCUAAAAAUUUAGUGGCUGAUGUUCCAGAGACAUUGGCCUCUAAGAAAAGAGCCCUUCCUGUUAAAGUAGAUGCUCCUAAGACUAAGAGAGCAAAAAUUUCCAAGUCUGCACGCGAUGUUUCCUCAGAUUCUGAUUUUGAGGAUGAAGUGCAUGGUGAGGACCAAAAGCCCAAAGUUGAAUCAAAGGUCCAUGCUAGGACCUCAGUGAAGGUUGAAGGAUUUGACCUACCAAAGAAAAAUCCCCCUAAGGAAUGGGAUUAUAUUUAUGACCAGAAGAAUCUGUUCAUUGCUAAAGCCUUUUCCACUGCUACUUUCCAGGUGAUAGAGAACAUUAAAUCUUGUCUUUCAGAUGUACAGCUUGAAAUCUUUUCAAAAACCUGUUUUGGUCAUUUCCUUAACCUUCCCGAUUUUAAAGUUCAACCCCAAGUGUUUCAUGGGUUGUUGCUCCGAGAGGUUCAGCAACCUAAUGAUGCUGAGUUGUGGGUAAUGAUACGCGGUGUUAGGCUUAGGUUUAGCAUUGAGGAAUUUGCAUUGAUUAUUUGGGUUAGGCUGUGA